AUGAACGGGUUUAAUGCAUUUGACACGUCUCUAGGAAGCUAUUUGUCAGAUCAUUCUGGAACAUUUGGUCACCAAACUCAUAUUUCGAAUAGUGAGUACGAUUCUCCUGAGGAUGAGUCUCUGAGUGAUCCCGACUUUGAAAUGCCUCCGGAAUUCCCUCAAAACGCAACUAUUGGUGAUCUUGCGUCGCAUAUCGCAAACGUUACAGCGAUGGCUUGUCUUAAAGUCGGUGGUAGGGGAGAUCGUGCUGUUAAUGGCCGCGAAGUAGCCACCUCCGCAUCAUCGUCAGUCCCUAAUGCGCUACCAUCACAUGGGCUUUCCUCCCGCAAUUCAAAUCAACAAAACGUCACCGCUCAGGAAUUGUUUUCCGCUGCUGAUAUUUGUCCUACAAGUGUUGUGUGUUUAAGAGAAUUGCGGCGAUGCCGUUCUUGUGGAAAUAUUUAUUUGUCCUCUACUCCACCUAGCCAUUCUGGUGUGCAUGGCUCCCUUCAAUCUGCCAAUUCCGCGCCAAAUAUGCAUCUUUGUUGUCCAAAGCCUCCCACCUGCAAUGAGCAGACAGCUAACCCGCUGGGAUGUGUACAUAAUUGUGUCGGAACUGGUGGAGCUGCUCAUAAAGGCACAGACGAAACGUCAGACAUUGAAUCAAAGGACAUUCCCGAGUCUUUGUCGACAUCCCACGCUAGGACAGAUAGCGCCAAUGACUGCAACUCUGGUCAAUCAUGCCAGGAUGAUGAAUUUGGGGACUUUGCAGCCUUCGAUCCCCCCACAUCUUGUCAGAGUUCUUUUCACGGAAGCACUUCCGAUGACAAUGAUAACUUUACGGAUUUUUCAGGUUUUGAUAAGACCGCACAGUUACCUGAAAAGGCUGCCACUCAAUAUUCACUAGUCAGAAAUCUCCUGGUUCACGCCCAAACAGCUCUGGAAGCUGCUUUUUCAACUGACCCAAAGGUAUCCCUGAGGACGUUCGUGCCAUCACAGUCGUUAACACCAAACCAUGACAGCUCCUUUAGAGCGUAUUUGUUACAGCUUCGAGAUAAUUUAUCCUCUGCUGUCGUGCAAAGACUUUGGGGCAUUGUUGUCAAGCCUCCCGACUCCUGUGCCUCCCCUGAAGUGUGGAAUUCUUCGUAUACGUACGAAAUGUAUCUGCGAACUGUUGGAGUGGAUUUACAAAACACGCGAUUAAUUCCGCCUCGUCCGGGUCGUAUGAAGUUGCUUGAACCAACCCUCGUCGAAGCCCAAUCAAUUUUGCCCACAGCUCCAGUCCCCCAUAAUCAACAAGCCUCACCUACAACUCCCGUUCCCGAAUUCGAUUGGUCCGCAAGCGGCCUCACAAACCCCCUUCGUGACAAUGAUGUCAACUUACCCGCUUCAGAAGUCGACCUGGAGUUCUUUGAGGAUAUGCCCUCAAAAGCCAAUUCAAAACCACCUCCGGCCAUAUCAAAACUGGAGGCGGAAUUUCUAAGUCCAGCGUCGCCACUACCAAGACUCCCACCGCCCCCCGCCUUUCCUCCUAUUCUGUUGCCCGAUCCGCAGGACGAAAAGCCCUCCGACGAGGAGAUCCCGCCCUGCGUGGUGGACAUCCUGCCACAACUCCCGGACUUCUCCUACAUGCGAAAGACCAUUCUUGCCUUCCCCAUCGUCGAUCAAGUCGAGUAG